ACUCUUUCCUGUGCUGUUUGCCCAUCACUGCUUCUCCUUUCCCCUCUACUUUAUCGGCCACUUAAAUCGUCCCCCGUUUGACAACCCACGACCAUUCCUAGCGCUUGAAGUUCGAUUGAAAGCAAUCGUUGCUCCUGACGUUCCCAUUGCAAACAACAGUCGACUUGACCUGAUCCCUUAGGCGACGAAGCCCCCAACAUCCCUUGGUCAGGGCCCCUUUCAGCGCUCCCCAAGGUCAGAGAUGUCUACUACCACAGCUGAGAUGGCCACUGCCGGCCACAAGCUCGAGAAGAAGCCCGUCAAGUUCAGCAAUCUGUUGCUCGGUGCAGGAUUGAAUAUGGUCACCACUUUGGGACAGCCGCUGGAAGUGAUCAAGACGACCAUGGCCGCCAAUCGAGGCGACAGUUUCGCCAGCGCUAUGGGUCGGAUAUGGGGUCGUGGCGGGAUCCUCGGUUAUUAUCAAGGUCUCAUUCCGUGGGCCUGGAUUGAGGCCUCCACCAAAGGCGCCGUUCUCCUUUUCGUCGCGUCCGAGGCGGAAUUUGGUGCCAAGGUGCUCGGUGCGCCAGACUUUCUCGCUGGUAUCUCAGGAGGUAUGGCGGGUGGUAUUGCCCAGGCAUAUGCCACUAUGGGUUUCUGUACCUGUAUGAAGACGGUCGAGAUCACCAAGCACAAGAUGGCUGCUCAGGGUGUAAAGCCUCCAAGCACCUUCGCGACUUUCAUGGAUAUCUACCGCAAGGAGGGCAUCCGUGGUAUUAACCGCGGUGUAAAUGCGGUUGCUAUCCGUCAAACUACAAACUGGGGUUCCCGUUUCGGUCUUUCCCGUCUCGCAGAAUCAGCAAUCCGCAAGGUGACCAACAAGGAAGAAGGACAAAAGCUUGGUGCAAUGGAGAAGGUCAUAGCCUCUGGUCUUGGUGGUGGCCUCUCUGCUUGGAACCAGCCUAUUGAAGUCAUUCGUGUCGAGAUGCAGAGUAAGAAGGACGACCCCAACCGGCCUAAGAACUUGACCGUUGGCAAAACCUUCAAGUAUAUCUACGAGACCAAUGGUCUUAAGGGUCUUUACCGUGGAGUUACUCCCCGUAUAGGACUAGGAAUCUGGCAGACCGUCUGCAUGGUGGCUCUUGGUGACAUGUGA